CCCAGAGCCAAACCCUACCAAAACCUCUGCUCUGUAAAGUUCAAAGUCUCUCUCUCUCUCUCUCUCUCCCUCUCUCUCUCAAUGCAUCGAAUAGUUUCGAAAGCAGCUUCAACGAUCACUUCACGUACUUCAAGAAAAUUAGUGUGUAACAGAGUCAUAUGCAGCAGAAAUUAUGGGGCAAAAGCCAUCAAGUUUGGAGUCGGGGCUCGGGCAGCAAUGCUGCAGGGGGUUUCCGAGGUCGCAGAAGCUGUUAAAGUCACAAUGGGACCAAAGGGUCGCAAUGUGAUAAUUGAAAAAAGUCCUGGGGAUCCCAAAGUGACAAAGGAUGGUGUCACUGUUGCCAAAAGUAUCAGCUUCAAGGAAAAGGCCAAAAAUGUUGGCGCAGAUCUUGUAAAGCAGGUUGCAAGUGCUACUAAUACUGCUGCUGGAGAUGGUACUACAUGUGCAACUGUCCUAACUCAGGCAAUACUCAUGGAAGGUUGCAAGUCAAUAGCUGCUGGUGUGAAUGUGAUGGAUUUGCGUAGUGGUAUCAAUAUGGCCGUUGAUACUGUUAUAUCUGAUCUGAAAAGCAAAGCAUUGAUGAUAAGCACACCAGAAGAAAUUAAACAGGUUGCUACUAUUUCUGCUAAUGGUGAAUAUGAGAUUGGGGAUUUGAUAGCAAGAGCAAUGGAGAAAGUUGGAAAGGAAGGGGUCAUUACUGUUGCAGAUGGGAAUACUUUGGAUAAUGAGUUGGAAGUGGUGGAAGGAAUGAAGCUAGCCAGAGGCUACAUAUCUCCUUAUUUUGUGACUGAUCAGAAGACCCAGAAAUGUGAACUAGAGAACCCACUAAUCCUCAUCUAUGACAAGAAAAUUUCAGACAUGAAUUCACUUCUGAGAAUAUUGGAGCCUGCAGUACAGAAAAAUAGAGCACUUCUUAUUGUGGCUGAGGAUGUUGAUAGUGAGGCACUGGCUAUGCUUAUACUCAACAAGCAUCGUGCUGGGCUCAAGGUUUGUGCCAUUAAAGCUCCAGGUUUUGGAGAAAAUAGAAGAGCAAAUUUAGAUGAUCUUGCCAUUCUUACUGGGGGAGAGGUCAUUACCGAAGACCGUGGUUUAACCCUUGGCAAAGUCCAAUUUGAAAUGCUGGGUACUGCAAAAAAGGUUACUGUCUCUCUUGAUGACACAAUAAUUCUACAUGGGGGUGGAGAUAAGAAGCUGAUUGAAGAAAGAUGUGAGCAGCUGAGAACAGCUAUUGAUAAGAGUACUGCCACGUUUGACAAGGAGAAAGCACAGGAAAGGCUAUCAAAGCUAUCUGGUGGUGUGGCUGUUUUCAAGGUUGGAGGGGCUAGUGAGGCAGAAGUUGGAGAAAGAAAAGAUAGGGUAACCGAUGCUUUAAAUGCUACAAGAGCGGCUGUGGAAGAGGGUAUUGUGCCAGGUGGUGGUGUUGCCCUCUUGUAUGCUGGAAAAGUUUUGGAGAACCUUCAAACUGAAAAUGAAGACCAGAAGAGAGGGAUAAAGAUAAUCCAGAAUGCUCUUAAGGCACCUACAUUCACAAUAGCCUCAAAUGCUGGUUUUGAUGGUGCUGUUGUUAUCGGCAAAUUGUUGGAACAAGAUGAUCGUAAUUUUGGGUUUGAUGCUGCUAAAGGUGAAUAUGUCAACAUGGUGGAGCAGGGAAUAAUAGAUCCUCUCAAAGUGGUUAGAACGGCUCUGGUAGAUGCUGCCAGCGUGUCGUUGCUACUGACAACAACUGAGGCAGUCGUUGUGGAUCAUCAGGACGAGAAACACAAACCUGCGAGCCGGAUGCCAAAUUUGGAUGAUAUGGGCUACUAGAAGCACACACACUGACCAUUCUUCAAAAAUAAACUCAACCGCAGGUUUCCAAAUUUUUUUAUGAUAUGGACCGCGAAGACGACUAUUCUUCAAACACAAUAGCAUUGCAAUAUAUCAAUAUUUGGGCCUCUUUUUUUUCUCAUGUAUUUAUUAAAAUUUCAAAAAACAAAAGUGAGUUCGUUCCGAAGCCCAAGCUUUGUUAUGACUUUUCACAGAAAAAUGAGAUAUUGGAAAUGAAUAUUCUUUCGAAUGAAAGUCUGAUUUUAGAAUA